CGUCGCUUGGCUCUAAAGGAAAAGGAAGUAGCGCAUGUUCUACACAAGUUUGACCCUUGUGGAUGUAGAAUUUAUGAUUACCACAAAAUAAAUUCGGUUAUUUUAAUUAAAUGUGCAUCUUAGAGCCGCAGCAAUAAUUCAGCAGCAUGAGACUGACAGCGUUGCUUUCUAUGGCAGCAAAAGCUGCAUUUCCACAUGAUUAUCGUUAUGGGACAAACAGACCGUGGACGAUCGCAGCCCAGCGGCUCAAUCCACCCGGCAAGAAAAGAAGAAAGGUGUUUGUUGAACCUAUUGCAAAUGAGGACUGGCCUGUGCUGAGAGGUGACACAGUGGAGAUUUUGUCUGGAAAGGACAAAGGAAAGCAGGGCAAAGUUGCUCAGGUGUUUCGGCGGCGAUCCUGGGUCAUACUCGAGGGCCUCAACACGCAUUACAGGUAUAUUGGCAGAUCUGGAGAUUACCGGGGUACUUACAUCGCCAGUGAAGCUCCUCUGAUGCUGAAGGAUGUUACAUUAAUUGACCCUACUGACAGGAAGCCCACAGAUAUCGAGUGGAGAUACACUGAAGAGGGCGAGCGCGUACGUGUUUCUGUCAGGACAGGACGGAUUAUUCCCAAACCAGUCUAUCAGAGAAGAGAUGGCAUCAUUCCCCAGCAGUGGAAAGAUGGACCCAAAGACACAUCACCAGAAGACACGCUUCCAAUCUCUGGCUCUGAUGAGGACGAGCCCGUCCGAAAGAAAUCAGCUCCUCAGGGAGGUGGUGGUCUGUCCUCUCUGCUGCCCCAACCUAAGAAUCUGGUGGUGAAGGAGACCAAGCGGCCCCUGCUGCCGCACACUCUAACCAAACGCCCUGGAUCGGAUAAGCCAAAGGCAACCCCGGCAAAGUCCCAGGGUCUUUCUGGAACCAGCCCGUCCCCGUCCGCAAUCAAAGCAGCUGCAAAGUCAGCGGCGAUGCAGCUAGCCAAACAAAUGGCCGCGGAUGAAGAGGGAAGUGACGAUGAACUCACUCCAGAGAACUACUUUUCCCUUCCGGAAAGCUCAGCACAGCCUGUGAUGUCUCAAAACCUGCAUUCUCAACAGUAUGUUCCCUCUCUACACCCUCCACCCGGUGUGGAGGACGCUCCGCUGGACUUUGUUUCUAAAGCAGACAGUUACAGUAGGUCAGUCGGAGCCAUGCAAGACUAUCAGACGGAAGAAUAUCAACAACAGUACCAGGAGUAUCCCGCAAAUCCACUGCCAGAGACUUCUCCACAGGAUUACUAUGGCGAGGGAUAUUACCAAGACCCAAACGCUGCCGCUGAUGAGCAAGAAGUUUCAGGGUCCUCUUCAUUGUUCAAUGAUGAAGCAUUUCGGCGACUACAGGGCAAACAGAAUCGUGGAAGAGAGGAAAUCAAGUUCCUGGAGAUAAAAGGAGACGAUCAGCUGAGCGGCAAUAAGCAAUGGCUGACAAAGAACAUGACAGCAGAGGCAGAGCCCCGCAAGUCCUUCAGCAAGAAAAAAGGAGAUCAGCCAACAGGACAACAGAGACGCAAGCACCAAAUCACAUAUCUGAUUCAUCAGGCCAAGGAACGCGAGCUGGAACUCAAGAACAACUGGGCCGAAAACAAGUUGACUCGACGACAAACACAAGCCAAGUACGGAUUCUAAUGGACUGGAUAUCAAGAUGUUGCGCACACCUCUACCUAACGUUGAGCAGAUUUUGUCAGAGACUGCAGCCGAUAACAGAAAUGUGAUAUUUUUGCCAGCUUUUAGAGAUGUGAUACCAGUUCGUAUUGUUUCAGAAAGGAGCUAAGGACUUUUAAAGCACUAUUGGCUGCUAAUAAAAUGUUUAAGAUGGCUCCCAAUUGUCUACCUGAUAUUAUCUUUCCAUUUGAACUACAUUGGGUUUUGUCACAAGGUUUUGGGUCACCUGU